AUGAAGAAAUCGAGCGAUGUCGAUGUCUUAUUCGAGAUUCGAAAUAAUUAUCUCUUGGGUGCUUAUCAAAAAUGUAUCAACGGAGCGCAGCAAUUACAAGUAAAAUCCGAAGACGAUAAAACAGCGAGAGAUGUGUAUAUGUAUCGAGCAUAUAUUGCACAAAAUAAAUUUUCGAUAGUUUUAAACGAAAUUAACGUAUACAAUGCUGAAAGUUCACUAAAAGCCGUACGACGAUUAGCUGAAUAUUUAUCUUCUUCAUCAAACCGGUCAAAAGUUGUAAAGGAAAUUGAAAUGGAACUUGAUUCUGGUGCAGUAAACGAUGAUAAUGUUUUUCUUAUGGCUGCGUUCAUCUAUAUGCACGAAAAUAAUGUCGAAGCAGCCUUGAAAGUUUUGCACCAAAGUCAGACGUUGGAAUGUCAGGCAGCCACAGUUCAGUGUUUAUUGCAAUUGGACCGAGUCGAUUUGGCUUUAAAGGAAGUUAAAAAGAUGCAAGAUGAAGAUGAAGAUGCAACUAUCACACAGCUUGCUCUUGCUUGGGUUAAUAUGGCUGCGGGAAAGGACAAAUUAAAAGAUGCUUUCUAUAUAUUUCAAGAAAUGAUUGAUAAAUAUGGAGCAACACCUCUCUUACUUGUUGCACAAGCAUCUUGCCUUAUUCAACAACAGAAAUAUGGUGAAGCUGAGAGCCUUCUUUUGGAUGCACAACAAAGAGACAGUAAUUAUGCUGAAGCUCUUAUUAAUUUAAUUGUUGUAAGCCAGUUCCUCGGCAGAACAUCGGAGGUUACCAACCGAUAUAUUAAUCAAAUGAAAGAAGAUCAUCCGAAUCACCGGUGGACAGUAGAUUAUGGAAUGAAGGAGCAAAUGUUCGAUAAAAUUGUUUUGGAGGCACAAUAA